AUGGAACGUGGGGAGACCGGAGGCUUCCAUGGCUACAGCAGAACCCCACAAACAUCUUCUGGGAUGAAACUAUCGGAGAUAAGUAUGAGGUCGUCUGAGAUCAACACAACAAACAAGAACAUCCACCACUCGACGACAACCAAUGACAGCGAAUGCACUGUGCGGGAACAAGACCGGUUCAUGCCUAUUGCCAACGUGAUUCGAAUCAUGCGAAAAAUCCUCCCUCCACACGCUAAAAUCUCCGACGACGCCAAGGAAACAAUCCAAGAAUGCGUGUCAGAGUUCAUCAGCUUCAUCACGGGAGAGGCCAAUGACCGGUGCCAGCGAGAGCAGCGAAAGACCAUCACUGCCGAGGAUGUUCUCUGGGCAAUGAGCAAGCUGGGCUUCGACGACUACAUUGAGCCUCUCACUCUCUACUUGAAUCGAUUUCGUGACUUUGAGGGUGAUCGGAACUCAUUGGUGAAGCGGACGGUUGAUUUUGGCGCUGGAGUUUCAACUGUGGCGGGUUUUGCACCGGUUUUCCAGUUGGGUCAUGGGUUCUUUGGAGUUGCACCCAUGGGUGUGGGUAUGGGUGGAUUCAUGAAGGAAGGAUCGAAUGCUGGUUCGUCUCAGGCUGGUGUGGCCGAGCAUGACCCCUAUGCCCAUUGUAACAAGUGA